AUGCUGCUGGUGUGCCUCGUCGCGGCGCUCGCGCUCGCGCCGCCGCUGGCGCGCGUUCUCCCCGCCACCCGCCGCGUGCCGCUUCCCGUCGUCGCCUCGGCGGCGGCAGGCAAGACGCUCGCCGAGCUCAAGGUCUACGAGCUCAAGGCGGUCUGCAAGGCGAAGGGGCUCAAGCUCGCGACCCGGGCCGCGCCCGUGGACGCGGACGUCCUCAGCGCCGAGGAGGGGUAUGCGGCCGACCGCGCCGCCGAGCGUGUGCGGCGGCGCGGGGAGCGGCGCGCAAAGCUGCAGUCGUACGUCGACGAGGAGUACCUCAAGGUGACGGGCGAGCUGGCGUCGGCGGCGGGCGCGCCGUACGGGCUGCUCACGCAGGUGGAGGCCGUGCGCCUCCUCGACGAGGCUCCGCCCGUCGAGCUGUCGGAGAAGGCGGUCUGGCGGCUCGACCUCGCCUCGCUCGCCGUCUCGAGGGGGGUGCCUCCGGCCGAGCGAGCCCUCUCUGUGGGCGAGUUUGCGCGCGCCACCGGCGCCGAGGCGCUGCUCUCCGGCCGCCAAUGA